AUGACAAAAUUCCUCAAUUUGACUAUAAAAAUCGACCGUAGCGAUAAAUAUAAAAAUGACCAUACUAUUGAGUUAUCCAACUUAGAGAUAAAAGACCACAACGGGGUAAUUAUUUCUGAACUUAAAACUCACAAUAGUGCUGGUGCAGUUAGCCACCUUAAAUUUCCAGUAAGCAAGGCUGGUGAGGAUGAACGAAUUGACCACUUGGUUUCUAAAGUAGAACCAAUAACAACCAGCACAGAAUGGACAGAAUUUUACGAAUUGGAAAAUAUUAAUAAUAAUGAAAAAUCAGUUGAAAAAAUGUGCCAAGGAAUUAAAACUCUAUUAGCGGCUCAAGUGGCCAAAAAAAAUGGGUUUGAUCUCAUUGGCAGUCUGGAUUUGAAAGAUGAAAUUAGGGAAGGAAAAUAUUAUGGCUUUCCAAUUGCCUCAGGAGAAAAAUAUCAAAGGUUUAUCACCAUGACUAAUUCCUUCUUCUCGCAUAUCCCUUCCUCUGUUUUCUUUUUGCAAGAACAAGCCCGCUAUACCAAAAAGAAUAUUGAUACUUUUCGAGAAUUUUUUCCUAACGAUAAAGACCAAAGCGACCCCAAAUAUUUCCGUGGUUUUCGCCCCGGCGACAUUAUAGAUUUAGGUGAUGGAUUUUAUAGUGCUUUUCACUGGAAAGACCUCAAAGAUGGAAAAGGGUUUGGGGGACUUCACCGUAAGUUAACUGACCUAUUUUCCCUGCUCGAAAAGUCGUAUACCAACGAAAGUAAAGAGAAUUGCGAAACUGCUUCGGAGAUCCUACGAGGUUAUGAAAACCCAGUUGCUAAUUCGGAUGAGGAAGCGGCAGCUAAUGAGGAUUACGGCAUCGGUCAGUUAAGCAACGAGCGAAAAAAGAUUUUCACGGUUCAUAAAUCGGAGAUAAAAAACGAGACUAUUCUCACCGAAAUUAAAGCCCUAAUUAAAUCAUUGGUCAAAGCCGAAAAAUCUAUUUCCGAAUUUAAAAAUUUAGAUAAAAUGGCCUUGACUAAAACAUUAAAAGAGGAAUACCAGCAAGGAACCAUUAAACGAAAAGACCCGCAAAUUCUUCUAGAAGAAAGCCGAAACUCAAUCAAACUUAAAUAUACCAAUGAGGCGGCCGUGCAAGCCAUUUUUGAUAACGAGGCUUUAGAUUCGGUAGCGGCCAUCCAAGCCGCCGAAAGACUAUUAAUAAAAGUGCGAGAAGCCCAAAGUAAAAAUGACCUGGAUGCUGCUUUUUAUCAGCAGCAAGCCGAGGUGGCUCUCGCUCGCCUCCAAAAGCGAGACCAAAUUCGGGAAGAAGUAGCCAAAACUAUCCAAGAAGCUAAAAAUGAAAGUGAGUUAGAAGCGGUGUAUAACAAAAUUAAAGACAGCGAACUAUAUAAACAGGGUGGCAAAAGCAGAAAAGUUAUUAGAAAUUUGAGAAGAAGAAAACGAGUUUCUUUUCAACUUAACCAAGAAAAUUUUUCCGCCGAGAAUAAAAAUUUCUUACAAAUUGCCUUGGUAAAACUAAUUCCUGAGACAAUAAAAGAUGAUAAUGGCGAGCAAGCAUUAACUGAACUGGAAAACCAGUUGAAAACUUUUAAAACUGCUCCCGAAGGCGAAGAAAAAGGUCAAAUUUAUCAGAAAUAUCAAAAAACCAUUGACCAAGUAUUAAACGAAAUCUGUCAAGAAAAACAAAGAUAUCAACAAGCGAAACAUCAAGUUAACGAGGAGGAAUCAACCUCCGGCGAUAACCAAAAGCCUAGUAUUGAUCGUCGUUUGCCGAAUUGA